AUGGAUGUACAACUCUAUGUUUAUGACCUUUCCAAGGGUCUGGCGCGCAUGUACUCUGCUUCCUUGACAGGGACCCAAAUCGACGCUAUUUACCACACAGCCAUCGUGGUUGAUGGCAAAGAGUUUUACUAUGGCCAGGGAAUCCAGAUGGCUGCUCCGGGUACUACUCACCAUGGACAGCCCAUGGAGAAAGUGCAUAUGGGAACGACAGAGCUCCCCAUGGAUGUGAUUCAAGAGUAUGUCGAAUCUCUAGCUGAGAUUUACACUCCAGAGUCCUAUGACAUGUUCUUGCACAACUGCAACAACUUCACUCAAGAUUUUGCCAUGUUUCUGGUCGGCAAGAGUAUUCCAGAAAAUAUCCGGAAUUUGCCGCGCACCUUCUUGAAUACGCCAUUUGGGCAGAUGAUGAAACCUCAGAUCGAGGCUGCUCUGAAAGGUGUCACCCAGGGUAAUCAAGUCAGUCCAUUCGCAGGGCCCAGUGCCGCUUCCUCAGCAGCAAGGGCACCUCCUGCACCAGUCACAUCAUCGCCACUGGGCAAAGUUCGCAUUGUCAGCAACCUAAGUCAGCUUGAGAGUGAGCUAUCUGCCGCAUCGGACUCCUGUGCAGUUAUUUUCUUCACUUCAUCAACGUGUCCACCUUGCAAGGUUGUCUAUCCGACAUACGGUGAGCUCGCGGCAGAGGCAGGUGCUAAGGCCCGACUCAUAAAGGUCGAUAUUGGCUCUGCCUACGAUGUGAGCAUGAAGUAUGGUGUGCGCGCAACACCAACAUUCAUGACCUUCCUCAAAGGACAGAAAGUUGAUGAGUGGGCGGGUGCCAAUCCGGCACAACUCCAGGGCAAUGUUCGGAUGCUUUUCCAGAUGGCUCAUCCCAGCCAUCCUCAUCGAGAGCUUCGCUUGCCUAGUCUGCAACGAUCUAUUACAAACUUCGUCAUGUACCAGAAGGCUCCGCCCAUCGAGAAACUCGUGCAAAAGCUCCCCGCUGAAUUCAGAGAUGCACCCACCGUUGCACCAAUCAUCGAUUUCAUCAAGAUCCGACACCCAGAAGAUGGUAUGUCUCCCGCUGGGCUGACCAGAGUUCCGGAUCUGCAUACCUUCGCGACAACUUUACAGUCGAUGUACCCUACUCUACCUAGCGAGUGCCAUUUUGCCGUGGUGGAUCUUGUCCGUCUUCUUUUCCUAGACCCACGUGUGAGCGGCUACUUCGCUGAAGAGAAGCAUCACGCUACGCUUCUCACCCUUCUCUCGCCACUCUCACAGGAUGAAAUCUCCUCAUGCCCGUACAAUCUCCGCAUUGUUGCUCUCCAACUAGCCUGCAACCUCUUCAGCACUCCCCUAUACCCCGAUCAACUUUCUCUACCAUCUUCACCCUUACGAGAAGUCUGUGUCCGCCUCACUACAAACUCUCUACUAGACUCACACUCGAACCUGCGCGUCGUAGCAGCAUCUUUCGCAUAUAACCUCGCUGCGAUUAACCAUAAUGCUCGAUUUGAGGGUAACCCGGGUUGUUUACCCGAAGAGGACCAAGUUGAACUACUCGCCUCAUUACUAGAGGCGACCUCGCGUGAGGAACAGAGCAUCGAAGCGCUACACGGUCUUUUAUUUGCGCUUGGUCUAUUUGUUUACGAGGCUCCGCUGGACGGGGCUUUAAUUGAUCUCUGUCGUGCAAUGGGUGCGUCUGAGACGAUUGCUGCCAAGUCUAAGAUUACUGCUUUACAGAAGGAGCCUUUACUGAAGGAGGUUGGGAGCGAGCUUUUCGGGAAAGGAGUUUAA